AUGUUAGGCAUGAGUCGUCACGACAAGAAGUAUCACCAAGAGAAUGUCCUUGGCACUGCGCAGGACCAGAGCGUUCGCCUCUUUGCCUUUUCCAACUCUCGGGCCGGGUACCAGGUGUGUUUCUCUCCAGAGGCUCCCAUAUUUAUCCUUAAGACAAAGAAGUCGAAGACGACUCAGCAGCAUCCAUGCAAGCAGUGGGAGAGUUUCAGCGCAUUAGUCUUUGAUGCGGCGCCGAACACAACACACGCCGUGUACUUGGCGGACACCUCCACACUUGAUGGCCCGCAAUACGAGCAGGAAGAGCUGAUCAACGGCGCCGCAGUCGGUCCGCUCCUCAAGCGUCUGAGCAACGUAAUCACGAAGCUCAAUCCUCACAAUAGUACGCUGGUAGCCGCUGGCGUGUCCGCACUGUUGGCGUUGAAAUACGUAUUGGUGGGCGAGAAGCAGCUUGGUCACCGUGACAGACUCAUAGGACGAGCUGUCCUCGUUUUACCGUCACUGCUGGAAGACUGCAAGAAUCUUGUGCAAGAGGUGUUGCGUAUGCGAGACCUAAAGCCAGAUGCAUACCCCCUCCCUGAGUUAGUGGUGCUGGUGGCUGAUGCAUCGACUGCCUCCGAUUGGACUAAGUGGCUGUCGACUGUGCAAGUAGAGGGUCCGCUGUUUGCGGCGUGGUCUGUCAUCACAGACCUGGAGCCCUCACUGUUUGCUGCGGUAGCGCGCCACGCAGGGGUAGUGGCAGACGGGACGGAGGUUGAUCUCGCUACACGUUUUUUGACACCGCGUGUGUACAGAAUUGACUUUGUACUAAGCUCCCAGACAAAGAGUGUGGAGCAGGUGGUGCAACCGUGCGAUUUGGAUCCAAGCAACCACGAUAAAGUAGAUAAACAUCUUACAGCCAGCUUUGGCUGCGGGCAUGACGCUGAUACAGCGGUUGCCACUGUUGAGGAUACUGAAAACGAUGCGAAAAACAAAUGGGAAGAUGAUUCCGAGAAAGGAGAGUCACUCUUUUUUGGCCUUUCUGGGCUGCAGCACUUGACAGGUUCAGUUAAGCUGCUUGUGGAGGGUCGCAUCAUGGACCUUGCGCGUGGGAUUGUGGGUUCAAUUGAGGGUCAGGUGGUUGUGGAAGGGCUUGAGUCCUGUAUGCGUGAAACGGCACCGGACCUUUUGAAGCGCGUGAAAUCGACAAGGGAAAAAGGUGUGGCGGUAGAAUUGACGGCGUCACUGGUACGUGAUAAAGUAGGUCGGACGUAUCUGCAUCCACGCACGCUGCGGGCGUUAACCGUGAACGAAAUACAGAGUUCAUUCACUGUUGGAGACUCAGUAGACAGUCUGCCACCCUACAACAUAUCCAAUAUCGCAUAUAAUUAUGGUGGUAUUCUGAUACGUGGACGCAAAUGCGCACUGAUUCGUAACUUAUCUGACACAAAUCAUCCUGACAGGAUGUUCUUCCCAUAUACGCCCGCGUCAUCAUCGGAAACGGCAACCGAGUGCGCGAUACGUGCGGUGUGUGAGGGUUGUGAUGUAAGCUGUGACAACUUUUAUGUUCCAUCAUGGAUCCCACCAGUGAUAUACUAUAAGCAAGAGGAUGAACUUCUUCGCUGCAUUGCGCUGUAUAUUAUGUUUGCUACCGAUCCCUCUCCUCAGGGAAUCGAUGGGGACAGGUUCGAAGACGCGCCAGAUCCGGAGGAGCCAUACGAUUGGACGAGUUAUGAUCGUGCGCGGACAUUGCUGUCAUCAGAAGCUGAGCGAGAGGCCUUGAUGGAGGCUAAGGGCCUACUUCGUAAGGCCGCUAUGGUAGGUAUGUACCAGCACUUUCCAAAUUACGGCUUCUUUGGGGAUUCCACAGAUGAUACAUAA